AUGACCUCCGGCGCUCCAGCUGAACCUACAACUACAGGUUACGCUCCCAACGAGUCAAGAAGAGCUGCGGCUCUGCCAUCGCGUGUCGAGGAGCCGUUCGCCAGACAGCAAAGGCUUCAGGAUAGAGACCCUUGGGCUUCCUCCCGUCCACCAGCAACCCUCAGUUUUCCGCCGCCUCCCGGCUUAACAGGUAGCAGCCGGACGCCUGCGACAUACCCUCCCUUCUCUACGACACAAGCACAGCGCUGGGCUCGAGAGGAAUGGUCCAGCCGACCCGCCGCACCCUUUGGAGAAAUUCCAUUGCUCUCGGGCUGGGGGACAUCGCCGCUGUCCGCCCAGUUCCCAACAUCGAACACGCCAAUGCCUCCAGGAAGUGAUCGCAGCCCGCGAUCCGGAUACACAGCUUACCAAGGCGCCUGGCCUGGGCCGCCUCUUCGUCGCAGUUCGUCGGAAGAGGCACGUGUGAGCUUGGGAGGAUACUACGGUGGUGACGCCUCCUCUAGCACCGCAAGCCUUCAGGGCAAAGCGUUUCCCCAGAGACGACCUUCUAACAGAGAUGAAUUUGACGGACCAUCACAGCUGCUCGACAAGCCCGAUGAUGGAGGCUUCGAGCCCAAGGAAGAAGAACUGCCCCAGUUACCCAUCACGUUAUACGCUCAGGAACAGGACGAAAUUCUAUCGAAAGUGAACGACAGACUGUCUCAAUGCGCAUUCGACUUCGUCGCGAAGUACCAGUUUCCUAUCCCCAUCGAACCCGACAAACGACCAGUGCGAGUACCAGGCGAUCGAGAGUGGUCAGAGUGGGUGUACCUCCUCAAGCGCCUCGCGACCAAACGACGCAUCCCGGCGCGAGUGCUAUACAACGGCCAGAUCAAGCAGCUCAUCACGAUUUUGGAAAACAGCUUGGAAAUGAGACACGCGGCGAAGCAUCAGUCCCGGCCGCUGAAGGACGACAGGAACAUCCUCCAACUCAUCAGCUCGGGCUUGCAGGUUGCGAAGAUCUUGAAGGACGCGCCGGCGAUGCAGUACCUCGACAGUCUGUACAUUCAGACGGAACGGCUGAUCCAGAGUCGUCGAGCGCCUGCUCCUUCGUCGUCAUUCACGCAGAUGUAA